CGAGCGGACAGCAUGCAGGCGCACCGGGGCAGCUUCCUGGCCACGCCCACAGCCGAACUGUCCCCUCAUGAGGAGACGCUGCUGGGUGACAUCCUGGACUGGAGCCUGGACACCUCCUGCUCCGGCUACGAGGGCGACCAGGAGAGCGAGGGCGAGAAGGACGGAAAAAUUUCGGCUAUGGAGGUGCAGAUGGAGCCUGUGCUCGAGUGCGCUGACAGACAGACGCAUUGUUGUACGCUCUCCAGUGAUGACGACAGUCUUUGUGAAGAGCACACUGAGGAGGAGGAGUUGAUGGGUGGGAGCUCCUCUUCCUCCUCCUCGAGCACAGACCGCCGCAGCUCAGGCUACUCAUCCAUCCAAAGCGUUCCCAGUCCAUCUGUCUCUAACUCUCUGGUCUCUCCUCAAAAUCCCGCCGGUUUUCUUCUCCUGCUGCCACCUGCGUAAAGGACUCGCCGACAGGUGAAGAGGAAAAACACGGCGGCGCACAGCGGAGGAGAGGCGGAGCACGACGGGGAUGCUGCCAACGUGGCCUUUCUUAGCCUCUGAUUGAUUGACAGGAAGCUUUGUUUCACGGCGUGCUGAUGGUCUUUAUCUCAAGAGCAGUGAGAGUGAGAUAAAGUGGCUGAAAUGUCCAUUUCUGAGCUUGUUAUUUCCUCCCAUAAUGCAUUUCACGUCGGCUCCUGAUGGCGGGAGCGCCUUCGCUUGAGUGUUUCUGUUUACAAGCAAUGGGAUAAUGACUAAAAUGUGUUCAAAUCACUGGAACUGUCGCUGUUUUGUGUAGGUUGUUACGUCUUCGUAUUUAAAAUUCCGUACUGUUUACAGAAAAGGACUUCUAGUUUAUGAAAUGUGUUUUUUUACGAAGUUACAUGCAGCUAGGGAGAAAACGCACUCAGUCCAUGAAGUUUCAUGCUGAUAGAUGCACUGUCCGAACAAAACUGGUUUGUUUACGCAGAUGUUUCUCGUCACGUGUUUUGAUUAUUUAUCUGGAACUUUUUCUGAUCGACUCCAGUGUUUUUGUAUUUACGCAUUGCUUUGCGUUUGCCACAAACCUUCUGCCAAAGUUCUCGCAUUAACAACUUUUAUACUGUUUGCCUGCUUGAUACCACUGAUGUUUUGACCUGUGGAAGCUCGUUUCCGACACGAAUUAAAAAACUGUAACUAUAUCAACAAUUGAUUUUUUUUUUUUUUUCAGAAUUGCAUGAUAUUAACGUUGCGACAAACUUGCAGUUGUAAGAAAAUGUCAGAAUUUUGAGUGAAAUUGUUUUCCUCAGAUUUUGACUUUAGAACUCGCAAUUGCAAGUUUAUAUUAAUAAGUCAAAAUUGCGUGAUGUAAACUCGCAAUUGUGAGAAAAAAAUCUAAGUUGUGAAGUUUAUAUCGUAAUUCAGAUUUUAUAACUGACAAUUGCGUAUUUAAUAUAACUGACAAUUUUAAACUCACAAUUGCACAAUAAAGUCAGAAUUGCUAGAUAUAAACUCGCAAUUGUAAGUAAAAAAAACGUUUUAAUUGUGAGAUAUGAAUUCAUGUUUGCGAGGAAAAAAAAGACAACUCCGAAUUUAUAUUUCGCAAUUUUGACUUUGUAACUCGCAAUUGCGUAUUUACAGUAUCUCUUACUUCAUAGAAAAAAAAAAAGUAAACUGUGGGAUAAAAAGUUGCAAUUGCCCUUUUUAUCCCGUGGCGGAAAUGAGCUUCCAAAGAAACCUAGAAAUGUAAUGUACAGUAAAUCUGUAUGAAUUUUUCACAUUUUUUACAACAUCCAAUGCAACAACCACUGAAUGUGAUCGUUUGACAUGCUUUUUCGUAUUGACCUCGAGAGAUACCGAGCACUUUUUAUGACCCAAUGCUGGAAAGCAGAAUGAUGCUUCUUAACAAGUCUCAAUGUUUUAUCUUGAACAAUCAACCAUACGAAUAUGUUUGUGAGUGUUCGACCGAGUUCAUCUGUUUGAGGUUAUGACACUAAAAGCAUUAAGUUAUUAUUUUUGUGCAAGUAUUGUAGGUACUGUAUUUCGAACAUCACGAAGGAUUGCAACUGUAAAUAAUUAAUUCUUGUUUGUAAGUGUAAAUAUAUAAACGUAUGAAGCUGUGAAAGGCCAUGUGAACUUGAAAACAGACGUGUGUUUGUUAUAGCCUGAAAACCACAAUAAAACAAUGCAUAGUUACAUUU